UUAAUAACAACCGAACCUGCACCACAGCUGCUGCUCAUGUGCAGGCGAGUCUGAGUUAUUUGGAUUAAAUAAAUAUAUCGUUUUAAGUCCGUUUUUGUUUAGGCAUUAAGUGUCCACUGAGUAAAGUUCACUGUUUGUGUUAAUAUUCAUGGACGGAUUUUGAGAAUCAUGAAAUAACAGUGUUACCCGUUGCAUCUAUGAAGUGUCUGUCAUAAACUUCUCGAUCGCGACAUGGCUUCUCUUUGUUGGAUUUUUUGAUGGGGCUUUUAAGAGGAAAGAUGCCGCCGAGGUUUCAGCUCCUGGCUCUGUUGGCUUUUGCGAUUGCCAUGAUCUUCUUGGAAAAUCAAAUUCAUAAGCUUGAGGAGUCACGGGGAAAGCUGGAACGAGCCAUUGCCAGACAUGAGGUACAGGAGAUUGAGCAGCGGCACAUUCAGGAGUGGGUAAAGGAAAAUGUGCAAGAGGAGGACAAUACGGUGGUCAUCUACAACCGAGUGCCAAAAACAGCCAGCACCUCCUUCACCAACAUAGCCUAUGACCUGUGCAACAAGAACCUCUACCAUGUGCUGCACAUUAAUACCACUAAAAACAACCCUGUCAUGUCCCUUCAGGACCAGGUACGGUUUGUCAAGAAUGUGACUUUAUGGAAAGAGAUGAAACCUGCAUUCUACCAUGGACACGUUUCCUUUCUGGACUUCACUAAAUUUGGGGUAAAGAAAAGGCCAAUUUACAUAAAUGUCAUCCGGGACCCCAUUGAGCGCCUGGUGUCUUACUACUACUUUCUGCGCUUUGGUGAUGAUUAUAGGCCAGGACUACGGCGCAGCAAGCAAGGAGACAAAAAGACGUUUGAUGAUUGUGUAGCUGCAGGAGGAUCUGAUUGUGCUCCAGAGAAACUGUGGCUUCAAAUUCCCUUUUUCUGCGGUCACUACUCUGAGUGCUGGAAAACUGGCAGUAAAUGGGCAUUGGAACAGGCCAAAUACAACCUGGUGAAUGAAUAUAUGUUAGUUGGGGUGACAGAGGAGUUGGAAGACUUUGUUAUGAUGCUGGAGGCAGCACUUCCUCGUUUUUUUAAAGGGGCCACAGAGCUCUAUCGGACAGGGAAGAAAUCUCACCUAAGGAAAACAAGUGAGAAGAAGGCACCCACCAAAGAGUCUAUUGCCAGACUACAGCAGUCAGACACCUGGAAAAUGGAGAAUGAGUUUUAUGAGUUUGCACUAGAGCAGUUCCAGUAUGUUCGGGCCCAUGCGGUGAGAGAAAAAGAUGGAGAACUGUACCUACUGUCACAGAACUUUUUCUAUGAGAAAAUCUACCCAAAAACUACCUGAGACUCAAGGGUGCUACAUAAUGCUGUAAGAUGUUGUCAGAAACACUAGAGGAGAGAAGGCAUUACAUUUAUUGGUACAUUCUGGCUAAUCGCUCUCCAACUGGAUUUGUACAUUACAGGAACUGAAACAAGUAAGUGCUACUGGGAAGAGUCUUGAGGCCAAAUAGUUUCAGGAGCUUUAUAUACCCCCCAAAUCAAAUCAUUUCAAAACUCUCAGCUGAGCUUUAAGUGACUGAGAUCUUCUCAUUAUUACAAACACCUAUCACCUUUUUGCCAUAUGCGCUUGGACUUUAAACAGAUGCUGCCAUGUUUUUUGAGAGACUUUUCAUCAUAAUAUCUUUGAUUUAAUAGUAGUUUUAUUGUUAUUGUUGUUCUGUAACUGAACGGUGCGAGUUUAACAUCUUAUUUUAAAGUGUAAGACUACUAAACAUUGAAUAUCCUGAAUUUCUUUAUCAGAAUGGCAAACAAGCCUUAGGGACAAUAUGUGGAGUCAGUCAACUUGAAAUUUUUUGGUAGUUUCAAAAGGCUGUUCAUGGAAUGUGUAUGUAAUACACUGAUUAUAUUAAACAGAAGUAUUUUACAUAGUUGUUAUAUGUCAUGUUAUUUCUUUUUGAUUCCUGAACCUUUUUUUGGUUAAAAAAAAAAAAAAUGACAUUUAGUGGUUUUAAUUAUUUUUUUAAGAACGUUCAGCUUACAAACCUGAUGUUCAUUCCUUUUUUUUUUUCAGCAAUUACACAACUAAAGAAAUAUAUAUGUAUGUAAAUACUGGUGAUUUAGUUAUGGUUGUACCAAAAACUUUAAAUACAGGAGGAUAAAGGAUUGAAUAUUAAGAUGUUUUUCAUUUUUUAAGAUGAACUAUAUCUGCACAUGGAUCGUAGUUCGAGGGUGGAGAGGUGUAUUUUAUGACUGCAUUAUCUUAUUUUCUUAUUAGCAAUUUCAGUUUUUCCAAUUUUAAAAUUUGCUGUUCAAACUUAAAAAAACAAUUCUACAACUUGCAUGUCAGUUCUUUUAUUGCAAAGGGCAGACACAAUCCUUUUAAACUACACUUGUUUCAGUGCAAAACAUUUUUUUUAUUUAAUAUUCUUUGCCAUUUUUUGUU